AGCAUGAAUGGGGGCCGUGGCAGAGCACCUGGAGCUGGGAGCCCCAUGCUCACAUCCUGCUCCUCCCAGAAGAUGUGCUCCUGGAUGAUGAGCUGCUGCUUAGCCCUUCAGCACCUGGCUGUGCAGACCUCCUUGCUCUGCAUCUUCCACCUCCUCCUGCUGCCCACCCUGCCCCAGGAGCCACCUCAUGCCCACACCACCAGCAAGCUGCUGGCACGAAGUCUCUUCGCCUGCGGCAUCUCCACAGUGCUGCAGACCACCCUGGGGAGCCGGUUGCCACUGGUUCAAAUCCCAUCCUUUGAGUACCUGGUCCCUGCCAUGGUGCUGAGCUCCCACCUGUCUCCUGGUGCCAGCACAGACAGGAAUGGUACAGCCAUGGCCAGUACAUGCCUUGUACCUCAUUGCAGAGACACAGGGAGCUGGGCGGACUCACUGCAAGAGGUCUCUGGAGCAGUGCUGAUCUCUGGGCUGAUUCAGCUGGCGCUGGGGGUGUCUGGCGUGUGUGGGUGGGCAGCACGGCACUGCGGGCCCAUGGUCCUGGCCCCCAGCCUCUCCAUCAUCGGGCUCUCUGCGUACAAGGAAGCUGCUUUCUUCUGCUCCACCAGCUGGGGAGUAGCACUGCUGCUCGUGCUCCUCGCUGUCACCUUCUCCCAACACCUGCGGUCCUGCCGCCUGCCCUUCUGUGCCUGGCCCCAUGCCUGGGAGGGCACCACAGAGUAUUCAGCUCCCACCCUGCGCACAUUCUCGGUACUUCUCCCAUUUGGUGGUGUCUGCAUUGUCUGUGCCAUCCUCAGCUACUUCCACGUUCCCUGGGAAUCACUGGAUGUGACCAUGGCACAGCUGUCCUGGGACAACAGCACCUCCAAUGCCCCUUGGAUCCACAUCCCCUAUGCAGGAGCGUGGAGGUGGCCGCUGCUCACGCCCCGGGCGCUGGCAGUGGGCAUCGCCAUGGCCAUGGGCUGCAGCAUGAACUCUGUGGGCUGCUACGUGCUGUGCAGGAGGCUGCUGCGAGCCCCCCGGCUGCCCCCUCACGCCUGUAACCGGGGGCUGUGCAUGGAAGGGCUGGGCAGCCUCCUGGCGGGACUGCUGGGCAGCGCAGGGGGCACGGCCUCCAGCAUCGCCAACACCUGCGCCGCCGGCCUCACGCAGGCUGGCUCUCGCCGCUCGGUGCAAGUAAGCGCCCUGCUGUGCAUGGUGCUGGGCCUGUCCCCGAGGCUGGCAGGGCUCCUCACCCACGUCCCACUGGCAGUUCACGGAGGGGUGCUUUGUGUAACCUACGCCGUGGCUGUGGGCACGGGGAUCUCCUACUUCCAGUACACAUACAUUGACUCGGGGAGGAACAUCUUCAUUGUUGGCUUUGCCAUGUUCAUGGCACUGCUGGUACCGCGCUGGUUCGGCACGGCUCUGGCUCCCCUGGCCACAGGCUGGGUGCCACUGGACCUCCUCUUCCUCUCCCUGCUUAUGGUCCCUGUCUUCUUAACUGGCUUCUUGUCAUUUUUUCUGGAGAACACGGUCUCAGGAACACUGGAGGAACGAGGGCUACUUCCUGAGCAGCCAUGGAAAGCCAGAGCUGGAGACUGUCACCUCCAUGGAGAGAGAGGGAAAGCCAGCCAAGCAUAUAAGCUCCCUGCUGGGCUAAGGAGGCUGCUGCCAUCUUCCUGCAAAGCCUUUCCAUGCUGCUUCCUCUGCCCAGGGAGUGAGGAAGAGGAGGAAGGCAGCUGUGCCACUGAGGAGGGGACUGCUGGCCCCGGGGAAGGGACACACCUGCUCCCCAAACCCAGCUCUGGGGAGCUGCAGCCAGCAACAAGGCCAAGCCAGACAGACAUGCCUGCCUGGCACACUGUGGCCUGA